UUUGCCAUAUUGUUGUAUAUUCAACUUUUCUGGACAAUUCUUUAGGAGAUGUUAGAUGCUGCUUUUGGCCAGUGGACUUUGUUGUUGGUGGAUAUUUAACACUGGGCAGUCAGGGGUUCAGACCACCAGAGAACUCUGAGCACCAUGGAGGACUCAUCCAGCAAACCAGCCAAGAAAAAAGUUGUAGCUGUUGUGGGCGGCGGUUUGGUCGGUGCACUGAAUGCCUGCUUUUUUGCCAAAAGAGGUUUUGAUGUUGAAGUUUUUGAAACCCGAGAAGAUAUACGAACGGCCAAAAUCGUGAAGGGAAGAAGCAUCAACUUGGCUUUGUCUCACAGGGGACGAUCAGCACUGAAGCAUGUUGGGAUGGAGGAGAAGAUUGUGUCCCAGGGAAUCCCUAUGCAUGCAAGAAUGAUCCAUUCCCUGACUGGAAAACAGUCUCCGAUCCCUUAUGGCAAGAAAGGCCAGUACAUCCUGUCAGUAGAUCGAGCCAACCUGAACAAAGAGCUGCUAUCGGCGGCUGAGACGUAUCCAAACACAAAGCUGAACUUCGACCACAAACUGCAGGACUGGAACGCUGAGACAGGGAUAAUGACCUUUGUCAGGUCAGAUGGGACGAAGGCGAACAUCGAGGCCGACCUCAUUGUAGGAUGUGACGGAGCUUUCUCCGCCAUCCGCAAACAAUUCCUACGACGAAGCCGCUUCAACUACAGCCAGACAUACAUCCCCCACGGCUACAUGGAGCUGACCAUGCCCCCCAUCAACGGAGAGUUUGCUAUGAAGCCUAAUUAUCUGCACAUCUGGCCCAGAAACAAGUUCAUGAUGAUCGCCCUCCCCAACCUGGACAAGACUUUUACCUGCACCCUCUUCAUGCCCUUCGAAGAGUUUGAGAAGAUCACCACAGGAGAUGAAGUCAUUACGUUUUUCCAGACUUAUUUCCCCGACGCCAUUCCACUAAUAGGAGUUGAUGCGCUCAAGAGGGAUUACUUCCGACUGCCCGCACAGGCCAUGGUGUCUGUCAAAUGCUCCCCGUAUCACAUCGGCGACAAAUGUGUUCUCAUGGGCGACGCGGCCCACGCUGUCGUACCUUUCUACGGACAGGGAAUGAACGCUGGGUUUGAAGACUGCAUUGUGUUUGAUGAAGUAAUGAAUCAGUUCAACGAGGAUUUGAGCGCUGUGCUGCCUGAAUAUACGAGAGUGCGAGUUCCAGACGACCACGCCAUCGCAGACCUGGCCAUGUAUAACUACGUUGAAAUGAGAGCUCAUGUCAACUCCAAAUGGUUCCUUUUUCGGAAGCACGUUGAUAACAUCCUCCACCUCCUCAUGCCCAAGACCAUCAUCCCACUGUACACCAUGGUGACAUUUACUAGGACAAGAUACCAUGAAGCAGUGAAGCGCUGGCAAUGGCAAGACAAGAUGAUAAACCGUAGCCUGCUGCUCUGUGCGACGGGAGCUGCUUUCGGAGGCUCAUACCUGCUCAUUAAAAAUCCCCCCGAUAUCAGCAAACUCAACAUCAAUAUCGAGAAACUCUGGAACAGGUUUCUGGCCUUCGGGACCUCCUGAGCACCGGCGCAAAGAUCGGAACAUUAAACAGCGAACGGAAAACCUCCAAAGUUUAAUUAAGGUUUGAUUGAAGACUCUAAUUUACAGUGAAGGCUGAACCAGGCAGAUGUUCAGUGGAAUGAGCCCAGUAACUCCUCCUUAGAGUCACUGAUAAUGUAAUGUAAUGUAAUCAGGGUUUAACUAAUAUUGGUUUGUUAAGAGAGAGCCAAAGGGGAUUUGUGUUUCAAGCAUCAUCUGUGCAGUUGUGGAAAAAGUACUGAUGGAAAAGAAUUGUGUAAAAAGUCAAAUGUCUGCUGCAAAAGCUUGAAAUAAAAAUAUGCAAAGUAUUUUCAGUAAAAUGUCCCUAAAGUUUGAAAAGUAAACGUGU